UACCAGCAGACGAGUUCAAAUCAUAUGAAUAAGUCAAGUGACUUUUGCAAAGAACAAAAGACAGAAAAGAAGGAAAAAUUAAAAAGGUCGUACGACAUGUUUUUCAUAUUACGAAGGAAAUAUUACCUAGUUAUUUUGAUCAGCCUUUUAUUUCUCACUACAUACAAGCUACUACCGCCGGUACUGACGGAGUACCAAGAAGGGUACGGGAUUGUUAUAUCGCGAUCGGUUCGAGCGUUUCAAAGCAAGAUCAGAGAGCUAAGACAUCUUUUCGGUUCACCAACAAUCCCACAAGUGAGGGGUUUAUCUAAAGGCGACAGAACCGGGUGGUUAUUACAGAACGGGUAUUGCCUGGACGCAGGUAAAGGCGAAGAGGGAAGCGUCGUCACGACCACAGAUUGCGAUAAACAGCUCUCUCAGUAUUGGACGCUAACUAGUGACCGACUAAUGCGAAGCUUCAGUAAUAUGUGCUUAACGUCCAGCAGCUCUGGUCGACCAGUGGUCUUAGAAAAAUGCAGCAAACCGAGCUUUGGACAGCGAUGGCACAUGAAUCACAGAGACAGUACAAUACGAUCAUAUAUAGGGACCGCGAUUUGCCUAGACAGCGCUAAUAAGGACAAGUCACGUGACGCUGUUGUGGAAAGCUGCGACAACAAAAGAGCGUCAACCCAACAAUGGAGUCUGCUAUCGACUUAAACAGACUAAAUUAAUUAGGAAUGUAGGUAGCCAGGCGCGUACACCCAGGAUUGGCUGACGGGUGUGCGCAGUCAUAGGUAUCACAUGAAAAUUGUAUUUGUAUUUGAAGAUUCCUCAAUAAGAAAUGACCCUCUUUUUGGCCUUUUUGACCCCCCUGUGUACGCGCCUGGUAGCAGUUAGCUGUUAGCUAGGAAAGAUAUUAUAUUGUCAAUGAUAAGCAUUAUAGCUUUGCGUCUUUAUUUCCUCGAAACUCUAGAGCAGAACCAAAUGCUAACGAAGUGGUUGCCUUUCUGAAGGACCCCAAGGUCCUCUAUGCCUUCACCCCUGAGGCGUUGAGUAAAAGGUCCACAGCGU